AUGUCUGACCAGGAUCUCUCUGAGGGAACUCGAUCCAUUACUCAAGAGGCCCUGCGAUGUGACGACAUCCUUGCGGAAAUCUUUCAGUAUUUACACCCAUCAAGCAUGACCAGUAGGGCGAUGCAGAGCGAUUGCCAGCGUGCGCUAGUUUGCUGCGCUCGUGUCAACAAAGCCUUCUCGCAUUAUGCUCUAAACAGCAUAUGGUGUGAACUCGAUAACGAGAAAUUUGCAUUGAACAUAUUGCCCUCGUUCCAGGAAAUUGUCUACAACUAUGGACGCCGCUAUCGUACAUCUCUUUGGGACAGACUGGAAUCCACAUACGUACGUAUUUUACCUAUUGCCGGAUGGCUCAAAGUUGAUGCCCAUCUUCUACAGCACCUCCAGGGUGAGAUCUCACCGGCUGAGGUAGAGCGCUUCCAUUCAUACGCCAUCCGAGUUCGCAGUAUUCGCGUCUCUGCUGAAGAGAAACCUGGGAUACGUAGUGUGGUGAUCCAGCAAAUUGCCGCACUGACCGGAGGAUGCCUGUUUCCUGCACUCAAUCGGCUGGAAUGCUCCUAUUACGAAAUGAGAGAUAGCCUCAAGGACAUCAUACCAUCCAUGCUAAGUCCUACCCUUCAGCAUCUUUUUAUUGGGGAGAAGCAUGUGUACAAUUUGGAGGACAAAUUGGAACGGGAUUUAGAAAGUACAAUUCAAGACAUCGUCACUACUUGUACUCUGCUGCGACAAGUCGAGCUAUACGGCCUUUGCAAACACGUGGACGUGGUCUCUCUCGUUAAUGCUUGCAAAGACCUUCGAGACAUAUCGAUGCCUCUCUGCUCCGUCAGCAAUGCAGUCUUUCGAGGUCUUUCCGCUUUGCCGAAGUUGACAAAAUUAUCACUCAAUAUCCAUCAAAUCGACAUCGAGGCCGGUACAUGCAGACAAUUCUGCACACUGACCGAAUUGAAGCUUGGAGGAUCCGAUCGCCAAAUGUCAGACUUCAUCCUGUCUGGCGAGUUCCACACUGUUCAGAUGCUUGAAAUUGCAUUUACUUCAGUAUCGUCCAUGGAAUCCGCACAUACCUGCCUUUUGCAUGUCGCAUCGAAGUGUUCAGCAUCUCUACGCAUACUACGGCUAGGGUUGAAGAAUGGAAGUCAAAUAUGUGAUGGAGCUCUUGUUGACCUAAUCUCCCCCUUCUCCCCUGCCAUUCAUCUGCGUUCAAUACGUGUUAAUCUCUGCUCGAUGAAAGUCACGUACGCCGCCGGUAACUUCCAACAGUUCGCAUUCACCUGGCCAGAGAUUGAAGAUUUUACGCUCGGCUAUGCUUGCAAUGACGCUAUCAGGUUCGAACCCCACACCAGCUGUCUGCAGAUGCUCUUCGACAUUGCAUCCGUUUUUCCUCGUCUCCGCAACGUGACCCUACCAAGUCUGGAACCUUUGCCACAUGUGGAACUUCAGACAUAUGGACUUACACAACACGGUCUUGAAAGAGCAGCCUUCAAAGACGGAGAGGCGAUCGAGCGAGCUUCCCUCGAUGAUGCACCAAUACGUCGUCUCUUAACCCUACUCGUUUCCAUAUUUCCUACUUUAAAGCUUGAUUAUAAUGGGACAGGAUGGGAGUACCUGAGGGAGUCGUAUACCACUAUUUUCAAAGAGAUGAUGAAGCAGAUGAGCAAGAUUCAGCAGAUGAAGAUGGAAGAGUCGACGGCGAUUGAGUGA